CUUCCGCAAAGAUGGCGGCCGCUGCGGCAAGAGGCGCUUGGCUGGCGGCCUGGGGCGGAAGACUGCGGAGUGGGAUCGCUGCCGGUCGGCGAGCUUGGCCCGGCCCCGGCCCCUUGACCGCGGCAGUGGCCGGUGUGGCCCUGGCAGGCACAGGAGUGGCAUGGUACCAUGGCCGCAUGAAUGUCGUGGCACCCGAGGGCAGCCUCACCGUCUUAGCACAGGAAAAUGUUGACUCUGGAGGGAUGGGAGAAAAAUUGUCCCUUCGUAAACAGCGCUUCAUGCAGUUUUCUUCACUGGAACAUGAAGGAGAAUAUUAUAUGACACCACGAGACUUCCUCUUUUCAGUAAUGUUUGACCAACUGGAGCGUAAAACUUCAGUGAAGAAGCUGACAAAAAAGGAUAUCGAGGAUAUACUGGCAGGAAUCCAACCAGCUCAUUGUGGAUCAACCUUUUUUAGAGACCUUGGCGAUAAAGGACUAAUUUCGUAUACUGAGUAUCUUUUCUUGCUUACAAUCCUCACUAAACCUCAUACUGGGUUUCAUGUUGCUUUUAAAAUGCUGGAUGCAGAUGGUAAUGAGAUGGUUGAGAAAAAGGAAUUUUUUAAGCUACAGAAGAUCAUAAGUAAACAAGAUGACUUGAAGACAACAAUAGCUAAUGAAACAGAAUGCCAGGAACCAACAGUGAAAGAACCUGAAAUUACCACAACCCUUCAGAUACAUUUCUUUGGAAAAAAAGGAGAAAGAAAACUUCAUUAUCAGGAAUUUCGAAGAUUUAUGGAGAAUUUACAAACAGAGGUCCAAGAAAUGGAAUUCCUUCAGUUUUCUAAAGGUUUGAGUUUCAUGAGAAAAGAAGACUUUGCAGAGUGGCUACUUUUCUUCACUGACACUGAAAAUAAAGACAUCUAUUGGAAAAAUGUAAGAGAGAAGUUGUCAGCAGGAGAGAGCAUUAGUUUGGAUGAGUUCAAGUCAUUUUGUCAUUUUACGACCCACUUGGAAGACUUUGCUAUUGCUAUGCAAAUGUUCAGUUUAGCUCAUCGUCCUGUCAGACUGGCGGAGUUUAAGAGGGCCGUGAAAGUAGCAACAGGACAGGAGCUCUCAAACAAUAUUUUGGACACCGUCUUCAAGAUCUUUGAUGUGGAUGGUGAUGAAUGUCUUAGUCAUGGAGAGUUUCUCGGGGUUUUAAAAAACAGGAUGCAUCGAGGUUUAUGGGUACCACAACAACAAAGUGUACAGGAAUACUGGAAAUGUGUGAAAAGAGAAAGCAUUAAAGGAGUAAAAGAAGUCUGGAAACAAGCUGGAAGAAAUCUCUUUUAG